ACAAUACACCUGCCAAGAUUUUCAUUGUGCAUUUUUCACUUCUCAAUCAGGAGUACAGAGUAUUUACAACCUCAGCUCUGUGUUUUCUAGCUGCAGUGAAUUAUCCUUGAUUGUAGCCACCAUGACCAAAUUAUUACAAUGGCUCUCGGCUGCGAGUAUUUUUUUCGCCAUUUGGAUUUCACUAGUAUUGGAAUUGGUACCAGUAAACUGUGCGAAGAUCCAGGAGGUCCUUCUACCGCUGCCUGUGUAUUUGCUCAUUGUUUUCGGGUGCUACUCACUUGCAACUAUCGGCUAUCGUGUGAUGACGUUCAAUGACUGCGACGAGGCUGCCGCUGAGCUGAGAAAGGAGAUUGAGGAGGCGAGAGCGGACUUAACACGCAAGGGUGUCAAGCUUUCCUAGACCUUAUUGACUCACUGCAUUCUCUCUGGUGACUACUUAUGCUGUUUUCUAUUCGCUUGAACAUAUCUUUAUGCUGGACAUAGGAUUCUAUUGUUGUAUUGAUACUCCCUGUGAUCUACGUUGCUCGCUCUAUUUCCUAGGUAUUCUGCAGUCUACUUUAAAAGACUGCUUCAUUGUUGAGCUCUCUGUUCUUUCAGAUGUGGCGUUUGGUUUCAUGCUGGAAUUUGCAAUCUCGUAACAAUGAAGACAAGGCUCAUCGUGCAUGUCUGGUCAGCCCUGGGGACUCGAUGUGUGCCAAGUGA